AUGACCACCCUGUUGUUUUUAUGUCGACGUGUUCUGUUCUUUUCUGUUCUCUUCUCCGUGUUCGACUUCAAUAAAACUUCUCGUCUUCGGCUGUACCGACAUCCACUACAACUGGCGAACAGCGGACUACAACGAGGACGGCGAUUUUUGCUGAAGAACUCCAGCCCCGGCUCAGAGCCUGGUCGAAUUCCUGGUGAAGUCGAUUUCUGGUACAAGGACUCUAGGUCGGCCUCCAAGCCCGGUCGAACCGAGAGUCAACUAUCAAAACAGCUCCGCGAAAAUCAUGGAAGUACCAUCAUGGAAACCAAGGCACAGCAAAAAGCAUGCGAUAAUCCCUUAACGGACACUGUGGCUGCUUUGGAGGAAUUGUUCGGACAUAAUACGUCAGUAUUCGUGAGACGUCACCCAUACCUCAUUACACAGCGAAAUGAGGAAAGUCUCCGCGAUUACACCGGAUUGGUCAAUCAGCGUCAUGACAUGGCUGAGUUCAAUGAUGUCACACCUGAGCAGAUGAAAUGCCUCGUAUGGAUAUGCGAACUUGUCGCCCCGCAGGAUGCCGAUGUUCGCUUGAAGGAAGUGUUGCCCGUUGUGCAGCGGAGAUAUGAUGAGCUGGUAGAACAAAAGGCUGCACUAGUGGUGAAAGUUAACACAAUGCGACAAACAAUGGGACUUGCAAAAUAUAUCACAGAGGAAUACAAUGUAUCCAUUGCCGGUUUGCACUAUGCGAAUGAAACGAAGAAAAUCCCAUCUUUCAAUACCUCUCCUUUCAGGUUAUUUAGUAUCGAGUUCUUCGUGGGUCCACCUAUAGUCGGCGGCGAGGUUGUCGAAGGCAUUACGGUCGUUGGGACGAGACGGAUUAUUUCGGACCGACUUAUUGGGAGUCACGAAGACUUAACGCGCGAAAAGCAAGCUGGCUUUCGUCAUGGCCGACCUACGAUUGACCAGGUGUUCAUUGCCAGGAGAGUGAUCGAAAUCUGGCAGCGGUAUUCGAAGCCAAUGCAACUAGCGUUUUUGGACUUUGAAGCCGCGUUCGACCCUCCUCAUCGAGGCCGUCUUCUCAACGCGCUCCGCGCCGGCGGAGUAGCAGGAAAGUUCGUUCGCUUGCUUGAAGACAUGAAUCAACGAACAACUGCUGCAAUUCGAACACCAGUCGGAUAUAAAAGUGGUCAUUGA